AUGGCAUCUCUCCCAGAGGACAUGUUGCUACAACAUUUUGCACAUCCUGAACAUUUGUUAACAAUAUAUAAUUCCAACACUGAAUAUGAAUGUGAUGGUUGCUACAUGCCUGGUAUAGGGAAAAGAUAUUGCUGCCAUGGCUGCAACUUUGACCUGCAUGAAUACUGUGGAUUAUGUCCACCUUUUCUUUCUUCUUUCAUGCAUUCUCAUCAACUUAAGCUCACUAUCCUCGAGCCGCAAGCCGACAGCGAACUCGUCGGCUUCUGCGAUGUUUGCUGCGAUCCUGUUGAAGGCAUUUUCUAUAGGUGUAAUCGUUGCAAUUUCGACGUCCACCCUCUUUGUACUCAGUUGCCUCGAACACUGCGUCAUGCCCUACAUCAGCAACAGUAUCUUAGUGGUCAUGCUAAUGGAUUUAGUUCAUAUCGGAGUCCUCCUAAUCCAAGUUUUCCUAGUUCAUCGAACAUGCACAAUAACUAUAUGGCACAGCAUCAGAGUCAUGGCCAGGCUCAGCUUCAGCAAGGGGGAGGUGGUAGACGGAUUGGGAAAGUGAUGUUUAAGCUGGUGAAAACAAUUGGGAUUGGGGUGAUUUCUCACAUGAUGUUUGGGGUGGACGUGUCUCCAUUGUUUGCUGCUUAA